AAAUCGAUUAUAUUUUUGCGCGCCACGUUUUAAGACUCCAGAGUGACUAAGACCAUAGACUAGUGAAGCUUGACAAGCCCGCGACAACCAACGUCAUAGAAGUUAGAUGUUCUAUGACCAUAGACAUAACAUGAUACACUACAGUACUCCCCCUCCAGUGGGAAAACCCACGAAACAAAUAAUACAUAGCAAACAAUGAAACAAUACAAAGAUAAGUACAAACGUAUGAAAAGGUGAAAUUACAAAAAUAAGUUAUAUGCAAAUCGUAAAAAUAACAUUGGGUAAGUAUAAAGUUAACAUUGUUUAGUUACUUAAAUCGUACACAUUUAUUGUUUGAUUGUAGCACUUCAAUUUUCGCAUAAGAGUGAUCGUGCGAAAUGGGAUUAUCAUUCAACAGGAAUGCAGUGAAAUAUUUUUCAGAACGGUUCACUACACGAUACGGGCCAUCGAACGGUGGUUGGAGAGGUUUUUUUACCGAAUCACGACGCACAAACACAUGUGAACUGGAUUUGAGUGCUGACGUUGGACAAAGGACGAUGGAUCCAAAUGGAGAGAAGAAGAUGGUAGAAAUAGUUCUCCAGGUAAACGUAAUCCUGAUCCAUAAAGCAUUUCUGCAGGGCUGGCUUCGGCAUCCUCGCGCAUUACACAACGGAAGCCGAGGAGGAUCAUUGGUAGAAUCUCAGUCCAACGGUCGCUGCGGUAAGCUUUAAUAGCACUUUUUAGAGUGCGGUGCCAACGUUCGAUUUUUCCAUUAGUUUGCGGAUGAUAGGGUGAAGAUCGAGAUCUUUUGAUGCCCAAAAGUAAUGCUAGGGAUUGAUAUAGUGAGCUUUCGAAUUGACGGCCUUGGUCCGUGACAAUUCGCAAAGGGAUGCCAAAACGUGCUAUCCAGUGAGUGAAGAAAGCUUCUGCCACAGUUGCAGCGCAUAUAUCUGCAAUAGGUAUGACUUCUACCCAACACGUAAAUCGGUCAAUGAUUGUUAAACAAUAUGAGAAACCUCGUGAAGGUGGU